CAGUGAGGGAGCUGUGUGAGCGCGCUGGUGUGUUUGUUUAAAUAUCAACAGCUGAGAGUUCAUCUAUCAGGUUGAUGUGGAGUAAAUCUGGGAUCUCUGAUCUGGAAGAGUUUCUUUCAGGUGUUGUACCUUCCUCUUUUUCCCUCCUCAUCCCUUUUUUUCCUCUGGUGCAUUCGUCUGAAUGAGAAGCUUUGCCUGUUUGAUAAGGAACUGCUGUGCGCUCUGUUUUACCCUUUCCUACCUCGAUUCUCUCCAGCCUUCUGGUGGCUUUUAGUAACUGCUCUGGGACUACGAUUGGCAGUCAGGUUUGGUGGCUCCACCACAGACAAGAAACGCGGAUGGAUGCCACUGAAUCUCUUACAUCGUUUCCUCAGAAUGCCAGAAGCCUGAAGCUUUGGGUGGACUCCACUGCCUAGGCCUCCAACCACAGUUGAUGCCUGCUGCCAUUCACCCAACCCACACAUCUUCUUUGGCAGAUCCAUGUUGACUCUAUCUGUUCAAAGAUUAAAUAGUAUCCAGCUGCUUCUUUGAGGACACCAAAAAGAGAAAGGAAAAGUGAAAAAAAAGAUUGUUGGUGUUUUGAAAAAUUUGCUCCUCUGGCGUAUUCCCUUUUUUCUUGGAUCCUGUUUAAAUUCUGUGAAGCGAAAAACUUUAACUGACACCAACCCUAAGCCUUGACACAGCAGAUGAAAUGUAAUUGAAUAAAGGAAAAAAUAUUGGAAAUUUUUUCCACGAGCCUCCCCACAAUGUUGAGUUAUAGAAGGUGACAUGUCUCAUCCUACCAUGUAGCCACAACAACCUGAGGAAACCUCCCAGAAACUUUUCUAUCAAAAGCUCAGCCAUUUCAAACGAGCUGAAACACAACACAGAGUCAAUAAGCUGAGAGGAGAUUUAUACAGUGCCACCAGGUUAUCAGGCCGUGCACUUCCUAUUUACAUCUUUAAUCUUUGUUUUCUGAGUAAUCAUCUUUUUAAUUAAUGAUGACAGUGGCGUGAAUUCCUCCAUGCCACCUUCUUCAGCUAUUUCCUUUUCUACCACUGCUGGAGACACCUGGAAGUAAUUAACUACAGCUGAUCUUGCUGUGAAUUAGACACAAGAAGAGCAGGAGUUAUUAGAUGUAGAUACAAAGAGAGAAAAAGGCGACCAAGAACAAAGCAAGAGCAAGAAAAAGGAAAGGGUAAAAGAGAACCUGUCGGUCAUCCUGGUAUUCGAUAAAAAUGAGGAUCAGAGGGCAGCGGACGAUAUGGCCUGAUCAAGGUGCCAACACGCUAAGAUAAUAACUAGAUGUGAGUCAGUGGGAAAGAUUGACUGCAGAAGCCCAGAGUCUUGACUAACAGGUACAGGUCUCAUUGCCGUUCUUUGUGCUGUGCAAAGCAUAGCAUCACAGAGAGAAAGAGAAAGAGCAAAAGAGAGGAGAAGCUCCUGGCUGGCUGCCACAAUCAGGGCCAAUUAGAAGAAUUUGAUUAUAUGCCUUAAUCUUGGCAGUCAGGUGGAAAAGCAGUCAGACAGAGAAAGAGGAGGCUGAGCAGGUGCCACCGAUACACACCAUUAUCUCCGUCCAUCUCUAAUUGAGUUUGUUUCUGCCCCUGUGAGUGUCUCAUCUCCAAACAAGAGUUUUAAGUGGUGGAGGUUCCUCAAGAGAAAACAGGAGAAGAGGGAGAAAAACACUGUUUCAUUUGCGUUUACCUUAGGAGAUACACAAGGAAUUUUUUUCUAUCUCCCUCAUCUCUUUAAACCUAUUUUUCAUCCCUCCUCCAAGGUUUAUCAUCCCAGCAUGGGAUUGUCCUUUCUGGAAAUUUCCCUGCAGCUUCUUCUAUCUCCAUAUCAAGACUGAAAUAAAAGCAAGAGAGGAACUAGAAGACAUUGAAGGGAAGCGGCGAGGUACUAAAUCCGUGGAGGACAGAGCUGACUUUUAUUUCCUUUCUCAAUCUCAGACGCCUAGAGACUCCUGCCAAGCAUCCCCAGAGCUGUGCUUCCUCUUUUUUAAAUUUCCUCUUCUCCCUUGGAGCUUAUUUCCCUGCUUCCCUCCUUGUGGAUCAUACAAUCCAUCCUGGACCUCACCAAGAUUAAAGUGGCCCCAGUUAUCCAAGGAAAUCCUUUAAUAUCGGCUCCCAGUGUUGUCAUCAUAAUUCUGUGGCGGUACAGGCAGCCAGCAGACCAUUCUCCAUGAGGAGCAGUGGAAGAUGCCAGCUCUGCCAGCACUGCUGCUGUCGAUUUAUGUCGUUGUCCUGUUGCUGACUAAGGCACCUCUCUUCUUCAGCCAGGCCAACACCCUAUCUGCCGUCCGGAUGGCGGCCAUUUUGGAUGACCAGUCUGUGUGUGGUCGUGGUGAGCGUCUCGCUCUGGCUCUGGCCAGGGAGAACAUUAACAAUCAGAUGGAGGGUUCCUCCCAAGCGAGGGUAGAGGUGGAUGUCUAUGAGCUACAGAAGGAUUCCCAGUACGACACCACUGACACAAUGUGUCAGAUCCUGCCAAAGGGUGUGGUUUCAGUGAUUGGUCCUGCCUCCAGUCCCGCCUCGGGGUCAACCAUCAGUCACAUCUGCGGGGAAAAAGAGAUCCCUCAUGUGAAGAUCGGCCCUGAAGAAACCCCAAAGCUGCCAUACCUCCGCUUCGCUUCAGUGACUCUGUAUCCGAGCAACGAGGACCUUAGCCUGGCCAUCGGAUCCAUCCUGCACUCCUUUGGCUACCCAACAGCCAGUCUCAUUUGUGCUAAAGCAGAGUGCCUGCUCCGAUUAGAGGAGCUUGUUCGCCACUUCCUUAUCUCCAGAGAGACGCUGUCGGUGCGAAUGCUGGACGAGAGUUUGGAUCCCACUCCCUUGCUGAAGGAGAUCCGUGAUGACAAAGUGGCUACCAUCAUCAUCGAUGCUAAUGCCUCUAUUUCUUACCAUAUUCUCAGGAAGGCUAACGAGCUGGGGAUGAUGUCGGCCUUCUACAAGUAUAUUCUCACCACCAUGGAUUUCCCUCUGCUCCAGCUAGAUGAUGUGGUGGGUGACCAGUCCAACAUUGUUGGUUUCUCUAUGUUGAACACUUCCCAUCCUUUCUACCUGGAGUUCAUCAGGAGCCUAAACUUGUCAUGGAAGGAAGGCUGCAACAUCAACCCAUACCCAGGACCUGCGCUAUCAUCAGCCCUGAUGUUUGAUGCUGUUCACGUGGUGGUGAGUGCGGUGCGGGAGUUGAACCGCAGUCAGGAGAUUGGAGUGAAGCCACUGAGCUGCACCUCCCCCCUCAUCUGGCAACAUGGGACCAGCCUCAUGAACUACUUACGCAUGGUGGAAUAUGACGGCCUGACAGGUCACAUUGAGUUCAACAGUAAAGGACAGAGGACCAACUACACCCUGAAGAUCUUGGAGAAACACCCUGCAGGCCAUAAAGAGAUUGGUACUUGGUAUUCCAACAACACAUUGGCCAUGAACUCCACUUCCUUGGACCUCAAUGCCUCAGAAACACUGGCUAACAAGUCCUUAAUUGUGACCACUAUACUGGAAAACCCAUAUGUAAUGCGCAAGUCCAAUUACCAGGACUUCCACGGAAAUGAUCAGUAUGAAGGUUUCUGUGUGGACAUGCUGAGAGAGCUAGCAGACAUCCAAAAGUUCUCCUUUAAGAUUAAGCUGGUGGAUGAUGGGCUAUAUGGAGCGCCUGAACCAAACGGUAGCUGGACUGGCAUGGUGGGAGAGUUGAUCAACAGGAAAGCAGACCUGGCAGUUGCCGGCUUCACCAUAACCUCAGAGAGAGAGAAAGUGAUUGAUUUCUCCAAGCCAUUCAUGACUCUGGGAAUCAGCAUCCUGUACCAAAUGCAUCUGGCUCGAAAACCAGGUUAUUUUUCUUUUCUUGACCCUUUCUCUCCUGCUGUUUGGCUUUUCAUGCUGCUAGCCUACCUCGCCGUCAGCUGUGUUCUUUUCCUUGCCGCCAGGCUCAGCCCUUAUGAGUGGUACAACCCUCACCCAUGUUUACGGGAGCGGCAGGACAUCCUGGAGAACCAGUACACACUGGGUAACAGUCUGUGGUUCCCAGUUGGAGGCUUCAUGCAACAAGGCUCAGAGAUUAUGCCCCGGGCCCUGUCUACCCGCUGCGUCAGCGGAGUCUGGUGGGCGUUCACUCUCAUCAUAAUCUCUUCCUACACGGCCAACCUGGCGGCGUUUCUCACUGUACAGAGAAUGGAGGUGCCCAUCGAGUCUCCUGAUGACCUCGCUGACCAAACCAACAUCCAAUAUGGCACCAUACAUGGAGGGUCCACCAUGACCUUCUUCAUGAACUCGCGGUACCAGACAUACCAGCGAAUGUGGAACUACAUGAAGUCCAAGCAGCCCAGUGUCUUUGUGAAGAGCACAGAAGAAGGCAUCGCCCGUGUCCUUAAUUCCAAGUAUGCUUUCCUGAUGGAGAGCACCAUGAAUGAGUACUACCGCAGCCUAAACUGCAACCUCACACAAAUCGGAGGGCUGCUGGACACAAAGGGAUACGGCAUCGGCAUGCCGCUGGGCUCUCCAUACCGUGAUGAGAUCACCCUGGGGAUCUUGCAGUUGCAGGAGAGCAACCGGCUGGAGAUUCUGAAGAGGCGCUGGUGGGAGGGAGGACAGUGUCCUAAAGAGGAGGAUCACAGAGCCAAAGGUCUCGGCAUGGAGAAUAUUGGCGGGAUCUUUGUAGUACUGAUUUGUGGCCUCAUCGUAGCUGUGUUUGUGGCCAUCAUGGAGUUUGUAUGGUCAACUCGCCGCACUGCUGACACAGGCGAGGACAGCUCACUGAUAUCCGAGUACAACACAACAGGUCACAUGACACAAAUGUCACAAACAGUAACCGAACAGCAGGUCUCUGUUUGUCACGAGAUGUUAACAGAGUUUCGAAAUGCAGUUUCUUGUAAGAAAAACUCCCGGGCUCGUCGGCGACGCCCUCUGAGCAGUGCUGGGGGUGGAGUUCUGCGUCACCCCUCCCGGCUAGCUCUAGCCGGUCCUAGGCCAAUUCGGCUAGUGCGAGAAAUGCGUCUCAGCAAUGGAAAGCUCUACAGUGGUGCCGGCCCUCUGACGGGGGGCUUGGCGGGACUGGGGGCAGAUAUGGCAGCAGGACUUGAUUUAGGCCCAGGGCCACAGAGGCUCUUGGAUGAUCCAUUAGGUGCCAACUCUGCCACCUGUACUCCUCCUCCUCCUCCUGUGUCGGUAUUUGAGGCUCCGCCUGCCCCACCACGCAGCUUCCUGCAGACCUGCAGCCACGUCCGCAUCUGCCAGGAGUGCCGGCGGAUCCAAAGCCUGCGACCAGCCACACUCACACCUCCCCCACCUCCUCCACCUUCUUCAUCCUCCUCUGCCUCAUCCUGCUCUCGUAUCCCUCCUUCACUGGCGAUGGCGGGACACCACCAUCGCCAUAAUCCCCACCCCCACCUCCACUACCACCACGGAUCCAUGUCAUUACCCCGCCUCCCUCCUCCUCCUCCCCCAAUUCCAACAGACAGAGCUGAUAGCGAUGGGGGAACGGCAAGCCCACUACGGGCAAAUAACAGACCGGCGCCUCCACCCAGGCCACUGCCGCCUGCCAAAACACCAACGCACCCACCAACGAAUUUUCUCGGGGGCCACGAUUGUGCUUAAAGACAUCAAGCGAGGGCUAAAAAGAUACAUACGAAAACAUUCAAAACGUUUCUUUUGGCCUCAGCAACAUAGCUGUACCUGUCUAAACUCCUGGUGAAGAGGAUAGAAAAAAGUAUUUGAACCCAUUUUUAGCGUGAAUCCCUCAAAGUGUAGCCAACUUGGCUCAGUUGAUACUACAAACCUUUACACAGUGAUGAUUGAGUCAAGCCCCCUAAUUUGGUAGCAGAGAGGAUUAAGUAAACUGUAUUCGGGAAUUUGCAACUUGAAGUAGUUGCAGUUGGUGGACAAAUAUAAAGUUAGUGUUCAACUUCAGAUUCCAUCUCUUACCUCGGCUAGUCAUCCUGCUGCAAGAAGAGAAGACUUUGAAAUACAAACGGACCGAGUUCACCAGCGCUCUCAUGUUUUUUUUUUCAGUUUAAAUACUGAACUAGGUGUUUGUACAGGAUGAGUCCUUUCUGCAGAUGUGGUAGCAGAGCAGUUGUACAGUAAUAAUGGUCUUCUGUCACUCUUUUGGACGUUUGUGGAGGAUGUAGCUUUUUCCAUACUGUUUUGCUGUUAGUACAGACUGCCUGGUGCUGUGGUCCACAAAGCAGAGAAACAAAAACUCAUGUACUUACCUAAAGUGUUCAAAACUGUGCUGGGGUAGUUCUUCUGUUACAUAUAAAGAUUUAUCAAGCAAGAAAAAUGCAAUGUGAAGCAUCUGAAGGGAAAGGGCUGAGAAGCAACCAGAGUUAAUUAUUUUUGUAAAAAUAAUGUAAAAAUGUUUAAAAUCCUUGAGAUGUCAUUUUACACAGUUUCAAGAUGUGCCAACCAAUUGCAAAGUAGUGUUGUCAGGGAAGAAAAAUGUUGUUAUUUUUAAUUAAGUUACCUUUUGGGAAAUAACUUAAGGCCUAUGCACACCAUGUCUCAGUUCUUCAGUUCAUAUAGGCAGAGUGAUCAUGCACAUGAAUGUCAUUGUCUGAAAUGUAAAGUUGUCUAUCAACCAUUUCUGAUCUAAAGAAUAUUAACUACAUUAGUAGAAAUUUGUGGUCUUCUUUUUGAGGUGCUGGCUCAGUAUUAUCAGCAAGAUUAGGAGUUAAAAAGAAAAGCAGACAUUGACCUUGAAAAGGUCACAUCUGACUGGUCACCUGGUGAAAGUCUCCUUCAUGCCUGGUUGGAUGGAAUUAGAGCUUUUUACUUUUUUUUUCUACUGUGAAGAAGAAACACACAAUCACCUUGACAAAAUUGCAUGUCUUUUUUGCCUUGUAUUGUAAAAUUUCCACAAAGGUUUGAUUAAUAAGACCCCUGUGACAACGUUUACCAGCUAUUUGUAUUUUAAAAUUUGUCAGACGACACAUUAAAAUCAUUUUUUAAAUGUUCA